AUCUACUUUCUUGGCCGCUCGUCGCGAAAACAUCCGGCUGGGAACCCCGAUUUGGAAACCUUGCAAAAGCCUUCUGCUGUGAACCAGGCCGGACUUGAACGAAAACAUUCCAUUGGUAUGUUUUCCCUCUCAAGCAUCUACUUUGUAGUCGAAGAAUGUAGUCCCAUGUUCGAUGACGAGGAGAGUUUCUAUCGUGUGAUCAAACACGACCAUAUCGCCUACCGGUUCGAGAUUUUGUCGCUGCUUGGUAAGGGCAGUUUUGGACAAGUCGUUAGGGCCAUCGACCACAUGAAGGGAACUCAGGUUGCUCUGAAGAUUAUCCGUACAGAAUCUCGGUUUACGAGACAAGCCAAAGAGGAAAUCAGAAUUUUGGAAACUUUGCGUCAAAUGCGUGGGGAUUCACCCACAGAUGUGGACGGCGGGGAGUUUCCCAUCGUACAAAUGUUUGAGCAUUUCAUGUUUCGUAAACACAUUUGUAUGACAUUUGAGUUAUUGAGCAUCAACCUGUACGAUUUACUCAAGUUGAACAAAUUCAUCGGUCUAUCUCGAGAUAGAGUGCGACGGAUCAGUUUCCAAAUCCUCAAGGCAUUGUACUACGUAGAAAAAGCCGGAAUCAUCCACUGUGAUCUGAAACCGGAGAACGUUCUGCUUAUCUGGCACCCGGAUCGUUUUGUCAAUCAAUUGAAGGAGCAUUUUGAAUUGUGUGACACUGAAAACCAUACGAUUGACUCAAAACUCAAUCAUUUGCAUGCAGAAGAAAGAGAUUAUGUGAAGCUGAUAGAUUUCGGCUCCAGUUGCUUCAAAAAAGGACCAACCUAUCCUUACAUACAGUCUCGAUUUUAUCGAGCUCCAGAAGUCAUAUUACGAACCGGUUAUGGCCAGCCGAUAGAUAUGUGGAGUUUUGGAUGCCUUGUGGCGGAACUGAUAAACG